AUGGCAUCAAAGCUUGACCCCAGCGCUGCUGCGCAGAAGAAGAUUGAGCUCUUCUCCGGCACUUACUUCGCCGCUUGCACGUUGGGCGGCGUCAUCGCAUGCGGCCCCACACACACCGCCGUCACGCCCCUCGACCUGGUCAAAUGCCGGCGCCAGGUGGACCCGAAAAUCUACUCGUCCAACAUCAGCGCGUGGCGCUCCAUCUUCGCUAAGGAAGGUCUGCGCGGCGUCUUCUUCGGGUGGUCGCCGACGUUCGUGGGGUACAGCUUCCAGGGCGCGGGCAAGUACGGCUUCUACGAGGUCUUCAAGUACCUGUACGGCGAGAAGUGGUUCCCCAAUGCCAACAAGACGGUCGUGUACCUCGGCGCCAGCGCCAGCGCAGAGUUCCUGGCCGACAUGGCCCUGUGUCCGUGGGAAGCGGUCAAGGUGCGCAUGCAGACGACGCUGCCGCCGUACGCGCCGAAUAUGAGGGAGGGUGUGAAGAAGGUCGUGGCGAAGGAGGGCGUGGCUGGGUUGUAUAAGGGGCUGGUGCCGCUUUGGGGGAGGCAGAUUCCUUACACGAUGGUCAAGUUCGCGACGUUCGAGAAGGCGGUCGAGCAGAUUUACAAGCAGCUCGGCAAGCCCAAGGAGGCGUACAACGGUCUGCAGCAAACGGGCGUGAGCUUCUUGGGCGGCUACAUCGCGGGUAUCGGGUGCGCUGUUGUCUCGCAUCCUGCAGACGUCAUGGUCUCGAAGCUCAACAGUGACCGCAAGGCCGGCGAGAGCGCCGCUGCCGCCAUGUCCCGCAUCUACGGCAACAUUGGAUUCUCUGGCUUGUGGAACGGCUUGCCCGUGCGCAUUGUCAUGAUCGGUACUCUUACGGCUUUCCAGUGGCUCAUCUACGACAGUUUCAAGGUGUACUUGGGUCUGCCGACGACGGGUGGACACUAG